CAUUCCCCUCCCUUCCCCUCCGCGGUCUCCACUCAGCUCGUCCGCAGCAGUUGCCUUCUUGCCUGGCUCUCACUCCAGAGAUGGCCGCGAAAGUGUGCAGACUCGUCCUGUCCCGGAGCGGCGUUGCGGCAGCCUCUCCCUUUUCCUCCUCACACCGACAUCAGCCACACACCAGCACGGAGGUUUUGUCUGGGCCAUUUGUCCACCAGAGUGUGAGGAAAGGACACGGCCUGAGGUCCACUGGCAGGGCAGCGCUCUUCAGCCAGCCCAGAGCCUCCCUCCCUUCCCAGGGCUGGAAGGGGACUCCCACAUGGCAGGCUCAGAGACUGCUGUGCUCACCUGCUGCCUCAGAAGAGGUGACGGUGGUGUAUCAGAACGGCUUGCCGGUGGUCUCGGUGAAGUUGCCAUCUCGACGGGAGCGCUGUCAGUUCACUCUGAAACCGCUCAGCGACAGCGUGGGCGUGUUCCUCCAGCAACUACAGGCCGAGGAUCGGGGCAUCGACCGAGUCGCCAUCUACUCCAUAGAUGGCGCGAGGAUAGCCUCCUCUACGGGGAUUGACAUUCUGCUGCUGGACGACUUCAAGCUGGUCAUUAAUGACACUACGCAUCUGGUGCGGCCACCUAGAAGAGAGCUGUUGGCCCACGAGGAAGCCGAGCGGCUGAACGAUGUGAAGUUUCUGGUGCAGCAGCUCUACACCACCCUCCGCAUAGAGGAGCACCAGCUCAGCAAAGAGAGAGAGCUGAUUGGACGACUGGAGGACCUCAACUCCCAGCUCCGCCCACUGGAAAAGGUGAGGGAGGAGCUAAGUAAGAAGGCGGAGCGCCGAACCACCUGGGUGCUGUGGGGGGGCAUGGCCUACAUGGCCACUCAGUUUGGCGUGCUGGCACGACUCACCUGGUGGGAGUACUCAUGGGAUAUCAUGGAGCCCGUCACCUACUUCAUCACCUACGGCACAGCCAUGGCCAUGUACGCCUACUUCGUGCUCACGCGCCAGGAGUAUAUUUACCCCGAUGCCAGAGACAGGCAGUAUCUGCUGUUCUUCCACAAGGGGGUGAAGAGGACACGCUUUGACAUUGAAAAGUACAACAAACUGAAGGAUGCUAUUGCUGAGGCGGAGUUGGACCUGAAGCGUCUGAGAGAUCCUCUCCAACUGCAUCUCCCCAUCCAGCAGAUCAGCACCAGCAAGGAUUGACGGGAAGAGUGAAAGCCUCCCUUCCUCCUUCCCUCCCUCUCCCUCUUUCUCUCUCCCUCUCUCUCUCCCUCUCUCCGUCCACACCUUUUUCAUUUCUUGUUUUGGUUACCUGUUCUUAAUGUUUUCCCCACCACCUCCUUUGAUUCUCUCUCUACUCUCUUUCGUUCUCUCUCCCUCUCUCUCUCUGACCUCUGACAGAACCAUCUCCACACGAAGCAUUGGAGGUUUUUUAAUUGCUGUCGUUUUUAAGUUCUUCGUUUUUUUGGUUUUGAAAACUCUGAGCAAACACGGCGAGUCAAAGCAGAGGAGGAGGGGACGGAACGCAAAGAAACAGAAAGAAAGAAAGAAACCUGACUCCUCUCUGGUGCUGGAGGGUGAGGAUGCUAGUCGUGCCUGCAGCCCUGUGCGCUCUGGACCACAGAGAAGAACAACAGCAGCCUGUAGGAAGUCCCUGCUGCCUAACAGGACGUGACACCUGGAUUUGGACACUACAUCUCCAAUGGACAGUGACCCCACUCCCUGCAUGGGACAUGGAAAAUCAAAAACAAAAGACACACGUGCACACGAGCUCUGUGGCUCAGCACCUCUGAAGCCUGAGAGCUCCACUCAGCUCUUUGGGUGAACUUUUCUUUUUACAGAGAAGUUGUACACGGCAAAAGAUCUCGGGCCGCUGCGCUCUUUCCCAGUGUCGAUGAGGGACAUUCAGCUGCAGGAGAGCUCGUUCUGGACCCCCUCUCGCAGCCGCCUGCUGUGUGACGUGCGAACAAAGAGCGAACACUGCUGCUACAUGCGCGAAAGGAGAAAGGGGUCAUCACUUGCUGUACGGACCUGUUCCAGGCUGCAGACCAGAGAUAUACCGGCUAAACAUCACUGUGUGUUCUAUUAUUCCAAAAAAAA